UUGAUUACCAUUUCUCAGAAAGAAAAGCGGAAGUGUUGUCUGCACUCUUCGAGGAAGGGAUAUCUAACAUUCAAUCGGCUACAAGACUCGUUUUGUUCUCUUACUCAGUGGUUUCGAUCGGGGAAUUAACUACAAGUUUGAUUGUUUUCUCGGAAAGGGAGGUUACAAUCUGGGCGAGUCCCCAACGCUGCUAAGUUUUUAGAUACUUCAUUGGAUGGUCCUUGUAGUUCUCAUCCCUGGAAGACGAACACGCUGACACACCAGGAAUGACAGUGGUACAAGCCUAGAAUCUGAGGAAUCUAGAAUGGAAGACAAUAACGAAACCAUGAGCUCUCCAGAAAAAGAUCAAGAAAAGGAUAAAGACAGUGCUAACUCGACAGACAAGAAUCGUCCUCAGGGUAAUCUAUUCGCAUACCGGUCUGAACGAGACACUUGGCAGGUGGUUCGGCGAGGUCAGCAUUCCACAACAUCGAGGGAAGUCGCACAUGAGCGAGGAGGUGGAGGCUGUAACAAAAUAAAUGCUUCGGAGACGCCUCGUGGAAAACCCUCUCGUAGAGUUCAGACACAUCCAUCGGAUGCCCAAAAGAGGGAAGGGAAUGAAGGGGCGUUUUCAGGGCGUGGCGACCGCGGCCGAGGCAGCAGGGGGAAAAGAGGACGGGGUUCGGGAGCUUUUCGAGGAGGACAUCAAGGAAGAGGAGGGCCUGGUCACCAAGCUGGAGCAGUGCCACGUCAACGCCGCGAUCCAGUUUCCUUAGGAUUUACGCAGCCAGACAUCAGAUACGAACGGAACAAGUUGUAUAUUCUUGGCUUACAUUUCAGGUCAACACGAGAUGCUGUGAAGAAUUACAUAGAACGAAUCAGUGGUUACGAUGUUGAUCGCGUGGAGUGGUUCAAACCAAAUGGAAAAGCCAUAGUAACGCUAAACACGGACAGAAUUGCAGAUUUUGCGAGGAUUAUUCAAGAAUCGAAGGACAGGAAGCUUGAAGGUGUAAUCGUUACAAUUGAAAGAGCUCCUGAAUGUAAGAGUAUCUUUGUGAGUGGAUUUUCUGAGAAUACAACAAAAGAACAAGUGGAAGAAUACUUUGAUCGUUGGGGCUCCUUAGAAUAUGUUGCCUUCAGUCCAUGGGAUGAAAAUGGAAAGGAGAAGAGAGCUAUUGUGUACUUCAAAGAAAAGAAAAGUGUGAAAAAGUCUACCAAGAAAGAUCACUUCAUACAUGGAAAAGCUUUACAUGUUGAGACCUUCUUUCCUUUUAUGGGCACACUGCUCCCUGUCAACGAACCGUCAAAAUCAUCACGUCCUACUUCGAGUGAAGUGGGAGGAACUUGGCAGCCCCAGUUUUACAAGGCUGUAGACAAAGACAUCGUAGAGUUUUUGAUGAAGUCCAACCAAGAGGCCAAAUUAAAAGGGCGUCUUCAUUCGAGUGAACAUGCCGGCGUAAGGUGGACAAACGAUGAAGGAUAUCUACUGGUCAAAUAUGACAUCACGGCAAGUAAAAGAGUAGACAAGGAGUUUGACGAGGAAGCCUGGAAAAAGAGAUGUUCCGAUAUAAUCGACCACUUCAUCGACGACUCCACAACAAAAGAAUUUCCAGUAGACAGAGAAAUUUGGGAAGCAGUGGUUGACCAGUUGCCAAAACCGGAAAACCUUCUUCCGAAGUUCACAGCGCAAGUGAAGCUACUGAAGGAGUCCCACACCGUAAAAUUGAUUUGCCAGAAGACAAACAUGCCAGAGUUUGCUGAAAUCCUUGCUAGGCGUUUAAAGAACAUCAAAACGGAUGAACUCGAAAAAAACCUUGAUCAGAAGACGCUCACAGACAUUACCAUUGAAAAGCUACAACUUCUUCUAAAUUGUGGAUUUGAAAACAUUUUGAAGAAGGAGUUUGAUCAAGAUCUUCAACUUAAGAUUGACUUGAGUAACAAAAAUCUUCUUAUAAAAACCCCCAAGGGACACAUGCAAUCCGUCCUUACCUAUCUUAGGCAGCGUUUGGACGAAAUUGAUCAAAACGCCUUAUCACAGCCCCCAGAAAUUUUAGAAAUCUUGAAGACAAAAGUCGGAAAACGAAAGAUGACGCAGAAACUUCCAGAUGGAUGUGCUUUCAAUGUAGAUGAAAAAAGCAAAAAAGUUAUUCUCCUCGGGAAAACACUUUCUCACACCUGUGAGGGAAGAAAAAAGACAGAGACUCUCCUGUUGGAUGACCGUAGUCUCAAGGUAACGGAGACAGAUAAUGACCUCUUGCUUUCACCAAAGUGGGAUGAGCUUUGUAAGAAGUUAGUAAAACGCUUAACGAUCCGCCAAAAACGUGAAUUGGAUUGCAUUGCCGUCUUUGGGUUCAAAAGCGACGUUGAAGAGGCUGUAAAGAAAAUGAGAGACUUCCGUAAUGAAAAGAAAGCAACCGAAGGUGAAUUCAGGCUCGAUUCUCCUAUCUAUCGCAAGUUCUUCACUGACUACUACAAAGAAGAACUUCAAAAAAUUGAGGAAGAACUCGUCCCCUGUUCGGUGAAGAUUUCUUUAGAUGAAAGCGGCGAACGAAUCAAGUAUUGUGGAACGGACGACGGCGUGAAGGAAGCUGAAGAACGGAUUUAUAUUCUGCAAGACCAGAUCAAAGAAAAGAGUUUUCCAAUUCAAACACCUGGCAUGAGAAACUUCAUGGCGCAAGAUGCGGGAAGACGUUUAGUUGACACCGUGGAAAGAGAAAACAAGUGUAUCAUCAGCAUUGCGGAGGAAAGCGAGGAGCAAAUUGAGGACGAAAUGGAAGAAAGUGACAAUGAUGAGCCUUGGAGCAUCAGCAGCGGAGGCGAGGAGGAGCUUGAUGAUGUCGACACAUUUUUCACCAAGGAGGGCAAAAAGGUGAUCUGGAAGAGCGGAAAUAUCGAGGAAGAACAGGCAGACAUCUUGGUGUGCUCGGUGGGAUCAAAAUUUAACCUUACAAUCGGUGCAAUCGCCAAUGCCAUUAGCAAAGCUGCAGGUCCGGAGCUGCAAGAAGAGUUGAGAAAGAAGACGACAGGAGGGACGCUGGGCGAAGGUGAUAUUGUCCACACUGGGGCAGGAAACUUGGAUUGCCGUCACGUAAUUCACUGUGUGUGCUGUCCUUGGAAAAGAAGGCCUCAGGACGAGCAGCUUCUAAAGGAUCUACUUCGAAAGUGCUUUGACAAAGCUUCUGAGCUUGGUGCAUGCUCUAUUGGCUUACCGCUUGUUGGAACCGGCAACCUUAAUUUUCCCUAUGCCACAGCUGUCCAGAUUAUGAUCCAGGCAGCUGUCGACUACAGUCACGCCAAUCCAGAAUCUCCCUUGGAGGAAAUAAGAUAUGUCGUGUUUAGCAGUGAUCAGAAUGGGAUAGCAACCUUCGAAGAGAAAUUUGAAGAGUUUAAGAAGGAAAACAGACCUGAUGUGAAACCUCGAAAGCCACAGAUUCGCAAAAGCAAACUUAAACCUGUUCCGCCUGAAUUUGAAUACAAAGAGGUUCAAAUCGGCGACCUUUCGUUGAAGGUGUUGAAAGGUGACAUAACCAAGGAGAGAUCAGAUGCCAUAUGUAACGUAAUAUCUCAAGAUCUGAACAUGAAAAGUGGGACCUUAAGCAGUGCUAUCCUGGCAGCUAGAGGAAGCACCGUGGAAGACGAGUUACAGUCCCAGGCACCUCAGCCCCCAGGAGAUAUCGUGACUACUUCUGCUGGAUACUUGUCUGCAAUACACAUCAUCCAUAUGGUUGUGGGACAAAGAACAAAGAAAUGUCUUCAAACCUGCGUGGAGAAGGCUCUCAAUAAGGUGGAUGCUCUGGGUUUGAAGUCAGUGUCCAUUCCAGCAGUUGGUACCGGAGGACUAGGGCAAACCGCUGAGGAAUCGGCACAAGUUGUUUUUGGGGCGAUCCGUGUGUCCACCGCAAAACCAUUCAAUUCCAUUCGUGAGGUCAGAGUAGUUGUUUUUGAUGUUUCCUUCAUUUGUGCGUACUUAGCGGAACUAAACGCAAUCCAAAAAGAAACCUCAGAAUCCUCUCCGUGUGGUGAAGAAGACGAUGAUCUUACUUAUUACGGAAAGAAUGCAGAAUCUUCUGCUGAAGAAGUAAGAAGAAAGCGUCGUCGCCAGAAGAUCAUCUAUUAUGGGCGUCUGGAGUCUUUUGAUGCAGUUAAUGCAGCCUUGAAAGAUGGGGUAAUAAAAGCAUGUGGUGAUCCCCGUGUAAUCAAGCGCGAAGUCAUAAGUCGUCUUUCCAAACGAGCCAUUCGAGAGCUGAAGCAAAUGUCUCGUAUGCGAGAUGUGAAAUUGGAUCAACCAGAGCCAGGGACUAUAAGAUUGCAAGGACUUCCAAAAGACGUAAUGGACAUGAACUCAGAAUUAUCUAAUGCGAUCCAAGAGCAUGUAGAAAGGGAGCAUAGGCAAGAGCUAGCGGAACAGAUGUCGAAAACUGUCCAAUGGUACCUGGUCAAUACAAGAGGACAACACGUUCCUUUCGACAAAAUGGCCAACAAUGAGAUAGAAUCAGCCUUUAAGGCAAAGAAACCAUCCCUUCUAUUCACGCAUCAGAACCUAAAAGCUGAAAUCAAUUUCGGAAAUGACGAGGUAACCUUCUUGAGAACUGGAGCAAUCAAAAGGGUCCUGCGCAGAGAUGUGCUGCCUCUUCCUGAUGAAUGGGAUCCCCAGCCACGAGAUGUCAAUGGAAAAGAAGAGACUCUGCAUCUUGUCAGCCUUGAGAAGGAAUCCAAGGAGUAUAAAAAGGUCGAAGAUAAGUUCCUCCAAACGAUGCGUGGAAAGGCAGUAAUCACGAACAUCGAGCGAAUUCAAAAUCCAUCGAUGCAUAAUUCCUAUAUGGUGAGGAAGCAGACUAUGUAUGCAAAGAACGGAACCAUCGACAACGAACUGGAACUUUUCCAUGGAACGAAGGUAGAAUGCAUCAAAGCGAUCAAUGUACAAGGAUUUGAUAGGAGUUUGUGCGGUGCAAAUGGUAACGCGUUUGGUGACGGUGUGUACUUCGCAAAAGAUGCUUCCUAUUCCAUUACAUACUCUACACCAGACGCAAAUGGUAAUCGCUUCAUGUAUUUAGCGGGAGUGCUUGUCGGAAAAUACACCGUGGGCAAGCAGGGGUGGAAAAAACCUCCCGCCAAGGACCUCAGCAAGUCAGAGAUACUCUUCGACUCGCUGGUCAACAAAGAAGAAAGUCCAACCAUUUUCGUGGUUUUCAACGAUUUCCAUGUCUACCCUAAAUACUUAAUUAGCUUUAAGUAGAUAAAGUGUUUGUAACGUGUAAAACGCCUGACCGACCCAGGAACCCACGGGGGAUGAGUUGAUUAAGUAAUGUUCUAACCUUAAAUGUCAGCAUCCCAAGGAGAUUAUUGCCUCGGUGAACUGAUAGAAUAAGAUAUUUUGUCAUUUUCAACUCAGUUGAUAAAAUCAAAUUAUCAGUAAUACUCCCCACCGAUGCACCACUACAGUUUCUUUAAAAACUUACCCCUUUAUCGAAUCGAUAAAACUUUCGGUCAAUUGCGUUUAUGAAAUAGCUAUAGGUCAACGUCUGUUUAGUUAAGAAAAGCCAACGUCUCCUCGUGAAUUUCGGCAAAUGUUCCUUGGAGAGAUUGUCUCAAAUCCUUUGGCUUGACUGCCUCUUGUUUACUGCUUUUUUUUCGGUUUGGGUUGAUAUUGCUGGGAAUCUGGUCGCCAAUUUUUUUAAAAUUGAGCCGAAAAGGUGAACAUAUUUAGUGUUGAAAGGCUGAUAGCUUCGAAAGAAACUGUUUUGGGCUGCGUCGGAGGGAGUAACGAAAUAAUUUGGAUAUAUCAACAAAGUUGAA